CGUCACGACAAUCACCUCGACCCCCGAGACGACAGAAGAGUCCGCCUCCAACAACAACCUCAGCGGGGGCGCCAUCGCCGGCAUCGUCAUCGGCUCCAUCGCCGGCUUCCUCCUCCUGCUGUGGAUCGUUAAAUCGUGCGGCAUGUGGAGCCGACCCAACGACUGGUCCGAAAAGGACGAGUACGACGAGCGCAGCCGCCGGUACCGCGGCCGAUCGCCCGGCUCAAGGCACCGCAGGCGCACGCAGCACCGGUACCACCACGAGACCUCGAGACACAGCCAUAGCCGGCGCCCGUCGUACGUGGUUGACGAGGUCCGGUACACGCAGCCUGUUGUCGUUGACAAGAGAAGGAGGGCUAGCGGGUCGCCUUUGCCGCCUGCGAAUGUGUAUCGCAGCAGUCGCAGCAGGACGAGAUACUAAGACAUGGGACGGGGAACGGGGGCUGGGUUCCUCUGGUGAGACGAGGACCCAGGUGCAUGAUUACAUGCUGAUGUUGUGAAGUGUCUUCGGUUUGAUACCAGCUUCCCGAGGAC